CUUCUGUCAAUCAAGACUUUAAACAAGAUGGCACACAAAGGGAUCUGGGCUUUGGCAAUAACAGUCCUCACAGCAGGUCUCCUGUUGGUCCGGGCCGACAUUAUCACAGAAGCCCCGGUGGGUCAGCUGUUCGUCUAUGAGCUACACCGAGAGGUUUUCCAGAGUGAAUUUGAGCCUUUUCAUAAGGUCUUCGGUCAAGUUUUUAAUGAUCCCAUGGUGUUUAAAUGCAACAAGGAGCGGUUUCCAGAUCUGCCUCGCUGGCUCCGCUUCACCCAGAGAGACGCCUACGACAACGGAUUCCUGUACGGGACGCCUCUGCCACGGGACCAGGGCAGGAACAUCAUAGAGAUUUUCGUGAUCAACAAGCGUAAUUACGAAACGUUUAAAGAGAGGCUGGUGAUAAAUGUGGGUCCUGCAGUAAAGCAGAUGCCGUACCAGGCUGAGUUCUUCAUAGAGCGGAGAGAGAUUGAGAAAGUGCUGCCCGCUGCUGUUCAAGCGGAGAUCAAACUGGACAUGCAGAAACUGUGGAGAACCAGCCGUCUGGAGUUUGUCAACAUCAGCUCUGCUCUGGAGAGGGGCGGCCGCGUGCCCCUGCCUCUUCCAGGACACUUCGAAGGCGUGUAUGUGAAGCUGGGUUCAGACCAGCCGUUUUCUCAAUGCAUGCUGAGACUUGAGACAGCGGAGCAUCAGAGAGAUUGUGCAUCUGGACAGAAGAUCACCGGAGACUGCAGCAACUGUGAAAACCCCAUCAACUGCAUCACCUGGUGCAAAUCUACCCUGUUUGACCUGUCCAGGCCCGUUCCUCCGGCUCCGGUCCCCACCGUGGGCUCAGGCGUCCUGGCGUGGGGAGGAGAGUUCAAUCCUCCGGAGUCUCCUCCUGACAGAGAUUUCUUCCCAGACUACAUUGUCACCGUCAUCGUUCCCUUGGUUCUGGUUUUGAUCCUCUGUCUCAUCCUGUCCUACAUCAUGUGCUGCAGGAGAGAGGGAGUUCUGAAACGAAAUGCCAAGACUCCGGAUCUGCAGCUCUAUCAUCACCACACCAUCCAGGGUGAUGCCAACGAGCUGCGCAGGAUGGCCGGCGGAGACAGACGCACCGCAGAUCGUCCUCGGCAGUGCUUACAGCCGCUCCUCAUGGCAGAGCAGGCAAUGGCUGAGAGCUGAGGGACACCAGAGCCGGCUGUAAUAGCCACUGUCUGUGGAAAUGUGUUUAAGGUUCACUAUUUGUUUCUUGCUUUGUGUUUCUUCAAGGAAUACAUCACUCAAAAAUUAACAUUCACCUAAUAACCGACCCAAAAAUGUUGCUCCAAAACCAUAUGCUGCUGUUUUUUCUCUAUGAAACAUAGGAGCAGUUACUAAGCUCCAGAAACAUAUAAAACCCAUAGUAAUUAUAAAAACCAUAGCUCCAAUUGAGCUGUGCUGCUGUGCAGUGUAGAAUCAGUGAUUUGAAGUCUUUGUGUGAUUAAAGGAACACCUUUUUUUGAAAAUAUACUCAUUUCCCAACUCACCUAGAGUUAAACAAUACAAUUUUACCGUUUUCAAAUGCAUUCAGUCAUCCUCCAGGUCUGGCGGUUGCACUUUUUGCAUUGCAUGCACAUCAUAGAUUAUUGAAUCUGAUUUGACCAUAAGCAUCUCGCCCCAAAAAUGACCAAAGAGUUCCUACAUCGUUCCUAUUAAAAACUUGACCCUUCUGUUGUUACAUCAUGUAGUAAGACCGAUUGAAAAUGAAAAGUUGAAAUUUUCUAGACUGAUAUGACUAGGAACUAUACUCUCAUUCCGGUGUAAUAUUUAAGGAACUUUGUUGCUAUAUAUUUUCAGGCGCUGUGUAAUAUCACUGGCCUGAUGCACCCAUGGUACGACAGCAAAGUUCCUAGAUGAUCACGCCGGAAUGAGAGUCAUUUUUGAGUGAGAUGCUAACGGUCUAAUCAGAUUCAAUGAUCUAUGCUAAGCUAAGCUAAAAGUGCUACCGCCAGACCAACUGAACGGAUUCGAAAACAUUAAAACUCAACUGUUUAACUCUAUGGGAGUUGGAAAAUGAGCCUAUUGAGCUUAAAAAGUGGAGUGUUCCUCUAACUAAUUGAAUUGUAAUUGAAUUGUACUUCACACAAUGCUUUUAUCUUUGAUCGCUUGUAGUAAGGACCAUGAAUAUCACUGUCAGUUUGCAUUGGUCAAAUCUGACUAAUCAAUUUAACCCUCUGGUGGUCUUUGGUCAUAUAGUCAGGUAAAAAAAUUUUUUUUAUUUUGUCAUUUUUGGUACUAAUAAAAUGUGGACAUUAUUAAAAAAGGCUGAAAGUACAUAACUGUAAAUACAAAAAAUAAAAAAAUACUCAAGUAAGAACCAAUAUUAAAGAACAAAUACUCAUGCAACGAAAUAUAGCGCAUUUAUUUAAUGAAAAAUGCCUUUUGUCUUUCAUUACUUUUGACUGCUGAGGAUCACAAAUGAAAGUGAGGAAUAUCUGAGGGUUAAAAUAAGAUUGUGUUUUAAUAACAUCUACACUUAUCCCAACUGUAAAUCUACCCCUUACAAUAAUGAAAAAAAAAAAAAAAAAUGUAAUAAAUUACGCUAAAUUGAUGUGCGCAUGCCCAGUAGUUUUUGCUGUAUCCCUUCUAGCUUUAAACAUUAAAAAGGUUGAGUAUUGGUGCAGAUAGAAAUCCAGAAUCUGUCACUCUUAUAACAACUAUAAGAUUGAAUGCGAUGUACAGUAUGGUUUGAUGUGGAAAAUAUAUUAUUUUGGUUCUGUGCAUGCUGGGUAAUGUGUAUCCAAAUUAACUUUGUCUGCAUUUAACAUUAAAUACUUUGAUUGGUCUGUUUA